CCCAUCCUGUCAACCGUCCCAGUCCAUCCACUCCCGCACCCCACCCACCCCCGAUUCACAUCCCCUCCACCUCCUCUCCUCUCCUCUCCUUUGCCGAUGGGAUCUCUCCCUUUCUCCGAUCCAUGCCGAGAUCCUCCGCCAUGUGGCCGCACACGCGUGUAGCCUUCCUCCACCACCCGGCCGACCAGGCCCAUCUUGGCGGCCAGCCCGGGCUGCCCCCCCACCGCGGCAUGGAGGCAGGGCGGUGCGGCGGCCCCGAGGGCGAUCCUAGUGGCGGCGCGAACGGUGCAGACCAACAGGCAGCAAGCGCAUGGGAGGAGCAGUGCUGCCGAAGCCGGCGCUGGGAGCGAGCUGAGGAAGCCGCCGGCUGGAGGAGCUGGAGGUGCAGCGGGGAUCCGCGGCUCCGCGCCCUGUCCCCAGUCAGUCCCAUCCGAAUCUCGCCGCAGUGGUUUAGCAUGGUGGUGCGAGAGUGUUGCGGCUUGGUUUGCGAGCUACAGACCUUAUCAAGCAGCAAAGUCAUCUCACAUAUGCCGACGACGAAGAUGCAUAUUUAUUGGCUGAGGGAGCACCAACACAAUUCUGAUGAUUCUACCAAUGUUGCUUGUUUGUUCUAUUGUCACCGUUUGUUUGAUGCUCUUUUGGCAGCCAGUACCAUAAUUGUACUUAUGUCAAAUUGCUCUCUUUUCAGAUUUACUUGCAAGGUCCAGAGGGUAUCUGAUGCUGCGCAGGCACUUGAGCUAUUUACAGAAGGAGGGGACCUGACCUUCUUCAUCUCUUGUGGCAGUGUCUUCCUUUGAUUCAUUCAUGCAACAAAGAGGGGACCUGGCCUUCUUCAUGUCUCGUGCAAGAACCUGGUGGGCGUCGUGCUCUUCAACCACUUAGAGGUGGACUUCGACGUGAAGCCCAGCGACCGCGCCGCAUGGAUGAUCGUCCAUGUGAUCAUGAUGCUGGAUGUCGCCGAGGUGGAGGACAUCGACGCCAUCUUUCGGGGUGAGGGAGGAUUCGGGUCCUCCGGAGUCUGAACUCCGAGCUUUGGUAGAUACAUGUAGAGAAGUGGUCUGUUUAGGCUGGUGGUGGAACACAAGGGAAUGUGGCCACCUUCGGUUGUGUGUGUUUAAUUUAUUUUGCACUGGACGUGUCCCUGAUUUCUAUCUAUGAAUAAUGCACGUAAUUUUUAUUUUUUAA